UUCCUAAUAAGUCUGAAACAUCCGAUAAAUCAAAACUUGAUAAGUUGCUCGAAGGCAGAAAUAUUACUCUCAACUGUUUGAUUCCUGGUGAGAAAGCAAGGGAUAUCUUUGAAGUAACGAUAUCUAACGCUAAUAACAAUCGAGUUUCUUCUCUCAGGGUUGAAAUCAGAAAUCGUCGCCUAGAUCUAUUUCGAGAUAUUGAUUCGA